AUGCUACUUCUCGUUUUUAUAUCUUCCCUCAGUUUUGUUUCAACCCAAUACCUCAACUUGAACCUGCACAGACAUCAAAGUUGUGCAUGGAGGAAAAGUUCGCACUGGAACCGAAAAAUCGAGUUUCAAGGUGGUCAUUCAGACAAUGGAGCUCUUUUGAGAUCGACUGAGCAAAAAGGAUGCUACGCGAUUAGUGGAAAGGUCAAAAUCCAUGAGGAUAUCAGCGAUGAGCUGCUCAUUUAUUUGUCAGUAUCGACGACAGGAGACACUCAAAAACCACCAGAAGUGUGCCGCGACGCGAAUCCAGAAACUGGAUGUGGAGGUGUUGGAUCAUGCUUGUACUGUCGACCAUGUGAUUCACUUGACUCAUUGACCAAGAUUCUCGGAGCUCAGCUUGUCGUUAAUGGAAAACCAGCUGGAUGCGAACCAUUGAAAAAAGGUGAAUAUGACAAUGUUGAACUACGGUUCUGUUUGCCAAAGUUGGCAGCACUUCUCGAAUGGCAGGGAAUAUCUGAAGAUGCUCUGGAUCAUAUCCUAGCAGCAACUACGCAGGAAGGAAAUGGUCCACCAAAGCUUAGUCUCUUUGUCACUGUCUACUUAUUCGACAAGGAUAUUCGUCCACUCCUUGUUUCUCAAAGAAAACUUGAAUAUCGAAUUCGUGAACUUCGCUCCAUUUCUCCUGAUGAGCAAGUGGAUUCGCAAACCUACUGGAAUCUUCCAUUUAACCAAAUCAUCAAGAAGCAAUCGGUUUUCGUUGGAUGUCACAAACUCUACGGAACAAUUACUUUAACUGAAGAUGUGAAUAUUGCUAAUGAUUUGAGCGCCACUCUUGAGCUUAUUAAGCAUCAGCCAUGCAAAAAUGGAAAGUGGAAUAAGAAGCUUGAAUUUGAAGCUGGAAAUGAUCGCAAGGGACCAAAACAUGAGAAACAAGAAGGAAAACCAAACUGUUUCACUAUUGGUGGGCAAGUCAAUGUUCUUGAGGAUUUUGGAGGAGACUUUUCGAUUUUCCUUGAGCUCAAAAACAGCGCCAAAAAGAAUGCAGUUCCGGAAAGAUGUGUUCGCCAGAAAGAAGACGGAUGUGGUGGAUUUGGAUCAUGCCUUUAUUGUAAUGCUUGCCGCACGUUUGGUGACAAACUUGGAGUUCAGGCACAACUUUUGCUUGAUGGUACUCCGAUCAACUGCGCUGAUGGUUUAAAAAAAGGAAAGUACGAAAAUCUCAAACUUGCUUUCUGUCUUCCAAAUAUAGAAGAUAUCAUUACCUCGCAGGGUCUUACCAAGGAUUCCUUCCUUCAAUUGAUUCAAGCUGAUGAUGCUAAUGCAGUCAAAGCAAUGGGAAUUUUCGCCACUGUUUAUAUUUUCGAUACUGAUGUUAGCAAGCAAAUGCAGACCCAAUUAAAGAUUGAAGACGUUUACAGAAGAACAAAAUACAGUUUCUUUAAGGAUCAACAAUUACCUGGUGAAGUCUAUUGGUCGCUUCCAUUCAAUCAGAUGCUUAAGAAUACCCAGCCAUAUGUCGCAUGUCAUAAGAUCUAUGGAAACUUGAAGAUCAACAGAAAAUAA